GCCUGUAUGUCUCACGUCAAUUACGUAAGCAUUCCAUGGAUUUUCCAUUUUACAAAUAACACAUGACAGAAAGAAGAAUGAAAAAAACGUUUCCAACUUCAAAUUAGAUUCCACUCCUUGUUUUGGUACGAUAGAUUCCACCCAUUUUGAACCACACACACCAUUACUAGCAUUUUGUCCCCUAUCAUUAUUUAUCUCUUCCACGAACCACUAGCAACAGCUUCUACACUUGUUUAUACUAACCUCACUGAAUAAUAAUCUUAAAUUCACACCUAAUUAACCGUUUCGUACGACAUAUCACAUGAUCAAUGUUCCUUAAAAACUUCAAUAGCUUCACAUAGCUCUGUACCUGCGGUUUCCAAGCCAGUGUUUCUCAAAGAUCAAUAGCCAUGUCUGUGUCUUUACGCAUUGCUGCUACCACUGUACUCUCCUUGCAUCUCCUUCUCUUCCUUGUCAAUGCUAACUCAUCCAUGGAUCCAUACAAAGUACUCAACCUAAUCCUCAACCCAAACGGCACCGUCACCCGCUUACAAAAAAUCCCACAAUCACCUCCCUCAUCAAAUCCAAAUCUCUCCACAACCGCACUCUCCAAAGACCUCGCCAUCAACCAAUCAAAACACACUUGGGCUCGUAUCUACCUUCCUCACAAACCAAACUCCAAGAAGAAGCUACCACUCAUUAUCUUCUACCACGGCGGCGGCUUCAUUUUCUACAGCGCCGCUUCAACUUACGUCCACAACUUCUGCGAAAACAUCGCCAACAAAACUCUGUCCGUCGUUGUUUCACUUGACUACCGCCUCGCACCAGAACACCGUCUUCCCGCGGCGUAUGAAGACUCGGUGGAAAUUCUUCGCUGGAUUAGAACUUCAAACGACGCAUGGUUGACACGUUACGCUGAUUACUCACGUUGUUAUCUCAUGGGAGAGAGUGCUGGAGGUAAUAUCGCCUACAUCGCGGGUCUACGUGCAGCUGCAAUAGUUGACGAGAUUAAACCGAUUAGCAUCAAAGGGUUGAUAUUGAUUCAACCGUUUUUUGGUGGGACCAAGAGGACUCCAUCUGAGAUAAGGCUUGAGAAGGACUUGAAUUUACCUUUGAUUGUUACUGAUGCGUUGUGGGAAUUGUCGUUACCCGUAGGCGUUGAUCGUGAUUACGUGUAUUCUAAUCCAACGGUGAAUGGUGGAGAUAAGGUUUUGGAGAAGCUUAGGUUGUUUGAGUGGAAGGUUGUGGUUUUUGGGUGUGAUGGGGAUCAACUUGUGGACCGUCAGAGGGGAUUAGUGAAGUUGCUUGAGGGUAAAAGUGUCCAUGUUGUUGGACAAUUUUAUAGUGGGGGUAGACAUGGUAUUUUCUCGGGUGAUCCUUCCAUGUCUGAAAAGGUGUUUGAUUUAGUGAAGAGUUUCUUUUGAUGAAUUAUGAGAGCAUCUUUAAUGGAGGUUGUUUAAUGUAAAGUAUGAUUUAUAAGUUUUGGAACUUAUCAUAUUUAUCAUUAGAGUUGAUACACGUGGCGUUCUCGUUGUUUAAAAAUUUGUAUAAGUUGCUUCAUGAAACAAUUCAAAAAGUGUGUUGUUUAUCAUUAAAUAAUAUUAAUUUUCAU